CUUACUGUAGACACUUUUCACAAUCACCAAUGCAACAUACCCCAACGCCGUUCGACGCCCCCACUGAGAGCAGCCAGUCGCCUGCAGCCAAGAAGCGCAAGCCCACGUACUUAGUCCGCAAGGAAGAGGAGAAGGCUUUGCGAGAUGAAGUAGUGAAGCUGGAGGCUGAGGUUGCAACACUGCAGAUGCAGCGGAUACCGAUGGCUGUGUCAUCAAUGCAGCAAGUCGCUGGGGAGUCGAACGCGCUGUGUGAAUUUGGGAGGAACCAGCAGCUUGGCGUUGCUGCAGCUCAGUCACUUAUGCUCGAGUGCACGAGAACGCAACACUCUCAUCCUCUGUGGUCACGGAUCUGUCUAAAGAAGGACUGGAGCGAGAGGAGAGCGACGCUCGUGGCCAUACGACAGGCAAAGCUGCAAACCGCAUACACUUAUGCCAUGGCACGCAAUCAAUGCAUUGCCAACAGCAGCGAUCAAGAAUCACAGGAGAAGUUUGAGACCGACGACGGCGACGUUUGCUGCACUAGCAACACUGUGAUUCAUUUCCCAGGCGUGGAGUCGUUAGAGCAGGUUUUCGACGCUCUCUGCUUCUACUUAAACUACAUGGAGAUCAGUAUCUCGGAGCGACUGGGCCACAUUACAGUAAGAGAAGACUACGACGUGAUCGAGGGAUCGGCGUUCAAUUGCCGUAUCAUUUCAAGCGACGAGAACGGCGUCAGUACCGAGUCAAACACGGUCGUAUUCACGCAGCUCUUUGCAAAAGGCGACGCGAGGUUUGGAGGGGAACCUUGUGCUGUGGUGGUUUCAGGUUGUGUCGAUGAGGACGAGUUGCAUCCGUAUAAUGGGGCAGAACGCAUUCGCAAAGACAUUUCGGGUGCGAUAGUACUGACUGUUAGCAGACAACAGGACAGUCAGUUGGCAGAAAGCGGAGUUGAAGUCGUCAUGCGGCGCUCAGGUAUACUCAAACUGCAUUACCCGCAAUUCCCGUUGUCCCCAUUUGCACAACAAGAAGUGGAAGAUGGAAUUGCCGACUGGGGUAAAGUGAUGAUCAAGACAAUGCGAGAAGUGCUGUAUGCCAGAACUUGAGAUAAUCAAUCAGCCUGAGCGUACAACUCGACAUACCACGGAAACUAAAGUUUGUUGUUGUUGUUGUUAUACCCUUUUAUAAUUUAUAGCUCCACGCUUCUCUACACAAGAAAUAAUUCUUUACUUAGUACAAGAUCGAUUGCCUCUAUAAUAUUAUCACGAUUACUUGGCGGUUAAUACGAGGAGAUCUGUGAAUUCACC